CAAAAUCUUCCUCGGAUGAUUGCAUAUAUCAAAUGUUUUCUGUAACUUUUCUCCUUUGCCUCGCACCUUUUCUGGAUUACCCAAAAGAAACACCAUGAUCAACGUGAGCGUAAGUCAGCUGGUGAAUCAAGUCGACAAGAGCGAUUUCACACUGUAUGCAGAAUGGGAGGAUACGUGUUUCAAAAUAAUGGUGUUGAGAUCGAGCACGGUACCGCUAAGUGGCGAGAUGCGUGUAGAGAAUGCCAACUACUUCCUAAAUCACUUGGAUGAAUCCUUUGAAACGUAUAUGGAGAAAACGAAACAUGCGUUCUCUGGCAAAAAUGCUGACAUACAAUUUUUCUUGCAAGACGAUACAUUCACGUGGAAACAAGAAAAUAUCCUUACUCGUGGAGAAAUUAUAGUGCACUCUCUUUCAAACGUAUUAAUUCUUUCUGACACUUUAAAACAGUCAUUAGAACUUUAUCAAAAGUUUCAAGAGCGAGCAUUGGCACUGGAAAGCGAGAACAAUGACCUGAACGAAGCUAAUACAAAACUUAGUGCGGAUAUAGAAAAGAUGAUAAAUGUAAAGAAUAAAAUGGAGGAAGAUCUUUACAUGAAAUUUCUUUUACUUCUGAAUACAAAGAAGAAAAAGAUCAGGGAGCUUCAACAGGCUUUAGAUAAUACUAAAAAAACAACAAAGUCAGUAUACGAUAAAACUACUGAUGAAGAAAGUGAGAGAUCGGACAUAGAGAGUGAGAAAAUACAUUACACUAAAUCUUCUAAGACGAGGAAAGACGAAAUGGAUUAUGAAAGUGAACAGAAAGUUAAACCAAAGAGUAGUAAGAAAAACCUUAAGAGACGUAUGAAUUUUUCUUCUAGUGAAGAUACGAGUCCUGAACCUUCGACAAGCAAAGGCAAUUUAGCUUUACAACACACGGGGCGUGACAUAGUAAAACUCAGGCAAGCUCCUAAUAGCUCAGAAGAAUCUGAAGAGGAUAUAUUUUCUUAAUAACAAAGUAUAGUAUAUUUACUUCCUUACAUUAAAAUUAUGCAAUUUUUUGCAACAUAUUUUGACAAUGAAUAUUUGGAAAUUGUUUAUAGAAUUGUUUUUUUUA